AUGCGGCCCGCCGCCCUUACCUCCGGCCCAGCCGCCCUUACCUGCGGCCCCGCCGCCCUCAACUACGGCCCCGCCGCCCUCAACUGCGGCCCCGUCGCCCUUCCCUGCGGCCCCGCCGCUCUCACCUGCGGCCCCGCUGCUCUCACCUGCGGCCCCGCCGCUCUCACCUGCGGCCACGCCGCUCUCACCGGCGGCCCCGCCACUCUCACCUGCGGCCCCGCCGCUUUCACUUCCGGCCCCGCCGUCCUGACCUGCGGCCCCGUCCCCUGCUGCAGCGCUGCCCGCCACCCGAGCUGCCCGAGCCGCCUCACCCAGCCGAGCAGCCGACCGCCGCGCCGCCCUGCAGCAGCACUGCCGAGCCGCCAAGCCGACCAGCAGCCGAGCAGCCGAGCCGCCCUGCAGCCGAGCCGCCCAACAGCCGAGCCGCCGUACAGCCGAGCCACCGGGCCGCCGAGCCGCACUGUAGCCGAGCCACCCAGCCGCCCAGUAGCCGAGCCGCCGAGCCGCCCUACUACCGAGCCGCCCGAGCUGCCCCAUCCGGGUCGAGCCAUUGACUUUGACGUCUGGGUAGAUGACCUGCAGCUGUUCUUACAGUGCGAUAGGGCAGACGGUCUCUCCCUCUUUGACCUCACCUCUGGCGCCUCUCCUGCCCCUGCUGCUGAUGCUGACGCCACUGUUCGCUCCCAGUGGGCCACGCGCGUUGCUGCUGCACGUCUUGCUGUGCGUCGCCGCCUCCCUACCUCCAAGCGUGCGCACUUUAGUCAGUACAAGAGUGCUCAGACCUUUCACCCGACUCCCUGA